AUGUCCCCCAAGAUUGCCAUCAUUGGCGCCGGUCCCGGAGGUUUGACACUAGCAUCUAUCCUCAUCCGCAACGGCAUCAGUCCCACCGUCUUCGAGCACGAUGCAUUCCCUGAAGCCCGCACGCAGGGUGGAUCUCUCGACCUACACCCUGGGACUGGGCAGGAAGCAUUAGCUGCAUGCGGUCUAACUCCCCAGUUCGAGAAAUAUGCGCGUUACGGUGACCAAGAUUUUACCUUAGGUGACAAAUACGGCAAUCGUGUCAUGGAAAUUAAGGACAAGGACGUUGGUCGUCCAGAGAUUGAUCGUGGUCAACUUCGUCAAAUAUUGCUUGACUCAAUCCCCAAAGGUGUGAUUAAGUGGAACCAUCAUCUGGUUGCAGCCACUGAAGACUCUCUCCAAUUUAGAGAUCAUAUAGAGGUUGGGUGGGAUCUGAUUGUUGGUGCUGAUGGGGCCUGGUCCAAGAUCAGGCCGUUAUGCUGCUACGUGACUCCUUACUAUACCGGGAUUUCCGCCUUUAGAAUGAUGUUGACUCAAGCGAGCACCAAACAUGCCGCUCUUUCUGAGCUGGUCGGGAAAGGAACAUAUUAUUCACUUGGGGAGGAUGAUGGUCUUGCAUUGGCUUAUCAACGCAUGGAUAACGACAUGAUCUCAGUAUAUGCCUUUGGUCGAAGACCGGAGGACUGGAUUCAAAAAUCCGGUAUUGAUGUAAACGAUCAUAAUGCUAUUCGUGCUGCUCUCAAGAAGGAUUAUACCCACUGGGACCCGAAACUAUGCGCAGUCUUUGAUGAAUGCGAAGACAAUAUCUCGUUCCAGUCCUUGUACAUGCUUCCAGUUGGACUGAGAUGGCCAGCACACAAAAAAAUGGCUCUAAUUGGAGACGCCGCUCAUCUCAUGACACCAUUUGCCGGCGAAGGAGUGAACCUGGCCAUGACUGAUGCUCUGGAUCUUGCUAAUGCAAUAAUCUCCAAGCCCAACGACAUUGCUGCUGCCAUCGCGGAGUUUCAGCCGCGUAUGUGGGAACGUGCAAAAAUUGCAGGGGAAGUGGCAUGGGAGAACGCCAUGGCGAGAUUUGAGCCUGGCGCGUUGGUGCGCUCGAAGAGACGAUUCCAGCGUCGGCUGGAAUCGCAGGGUAAUCUUCAAUUGUUGGAAUUGGCGGAUAGGAAGAACAACGAACACAUCUCUAUUCUACUUGAGCAUGUCUAG